AUGAGGAUCAACUCUGCUGUUCAGGCUGCUAUUGACCUCACAGCAGGAGCUGCAGGUGGGACAGCAUGUGUGGUGACCGGCCAGCCCUUUGACACUGCCAAGGUGAAGAUGCAGACGUUCCCAGACAUGUAUAAAGGCAUCGUUGACUGUUUUGUCCAAACCUAUAAACAAGUCGGGUUGCGAGGCUUCUACCAGGGAACCACACCAGCGCUGGUAGCCAACAUCGCCGAGAACUCCGUUCUCUUCAUGUGCUAUGGAUUUUGCCAACAGCUUGUGAGAAGAAUUGUUGGAGUAGACAGGAAGACAAAGCUCAGUGAUCUGCAGAAUGCUGCUGCAGGCUCCUUCGCCUCUGCCUUUGCCACCCUUGUCCUCUGUCCCACAGAGCUGGUGAAGUGCCGGCUGCAGGCCAUGCAUGAAAUGCAGUUGUCAGGAAAGAUAAUCCAGGGACACAAUACAGUUUGGUCAGUAGUGAAGGGAGUCAUUCAAAAGGAUGGUCCUCUUGGAUUUUAUCGUGGCUGGUCAAGCACUUUGCUGCGGGAAGUCCCAGGCUAUUUUUUCUUCUUCGGAGGGUAUGAACUGAGCCGGACGUUUUUUGCCUCUGGGAGACCAAAAGAUGAAUUAGGUCCCAUUCCUUUGCUACUCAGUGGAGGUUUUGGGGGCAGCUGUCUGUGGAUUGCUGUGUAUCCUGUGGACUGCGUCAAAUCUAGAAUUCAGGUUCUUUCAAUGGCUGGAAAACAGACAGGCUUUAUGGGAACAUUUGCAACUGUUGUGAGAACUGAAGGUGUACUUGCCUUGUAUUCUGGACUAAAACCAACUAUGAUCCGUGCAUUCCUGGCCAACGGGGCACUGUUCCUUGCCUAUGAGUACAGCCGGAAGCUUAUGAUGAAACAAAUAGAUUCUUACUGA